AUGGACGCAGCCGCCUCUGCGCACCGCAAGGUCGAGCUGCAGUCCCCCGAGGACUUCACCUACCUGCUCAACAACGUCCGACGCGCCGCGGCCGAGAGCAUCGGGGCCGCGUUCCCGCUGGCCGACGACGACGCCGAGGACGCCCUGCGCGCCCGCAUCGAGGAGCUCGUCGACGACUACAUCGCCCGCACUUUUACCCUGGCCGCGCCCAACCUCUCCAUCAACGGCCUGCCCGUUCCCGAAUCUCUACUACCAAAGGAGAAGAAUAGCAACAGCAAGACGAAAGAAAAGGGCAAAAAGGGCAGCAAAAAGAACAAAAAGAAAGGUUCAACUGCCGCGACUGCAGCAGAAGACGAAGAAGACGAAAACGUCGUCUACGAGCCCUUCGACGCCCGCCUGCGCGACCGCAUCCCGGAUCUGCUGCGCGAGGAGGAGGAGCUGCUCCGCGAGAUCGCGGCGCUCAAGAGACGCGUGCCGGCUCAGGCCGCCGCGCGGGUAGGAGACGCGCUCAAGGCCGGCGUCGCCGCGGAUGAGGCGGCCCUGGCGGCGGCAAAGGAGCGCGUCGGCGACGUCGACAGGGAUCUCAGGCAAAAAGGUCGCAAGCGGAUGCUGGAUAAUCUCGACGGCAGAGGGGCGGACGAGGGUCCGGCUGCCGCCGGCCCUGCGAUCGGCGUCCUGCUGAGGAACGACGAGGUUGCAGACUCGUUCGGCACCGCCGUCGAGGGGCUGGCUCGGCUCAAGAGGGAUAUGCCGGCCACUGUGGCGCGUAUGGAGCGUGCACGGGCGGCGGGGAGUUAUGUUAUUGCCGGGAGGUGA